CUGGAAAUUGAAAAAGCGUGGGACUGCCAAAGCGUUCACACUCUUUAUUCCCAAAUGUUCUUGGAUGGAAAGCUGAAGACCCGUGAUACUAUACAUUGCUGUUGUCAAACAAAUGCCAAAUGCGAUUAUCAAAAGCAAAUGCCAAAUGCCAACUCACAAUUCCUUUACACACACCCAAUCCUUUACACACACACCCAAUCUCACUCUCACUCUCACUCUAAGACUUUCUUCUAUUAAACUCCAAAUUUCCAUUUCGAUUUGAUCUCUCUGUCUGAUUCAAUUCACUCCUUUUAUCAAUUUCGCAAUCAAACGCACUGAUUCAGAGCAUUUCAAUCAAGUCUGAGCCUCACAGAACCGGGGCUCUUCUGGUGCAAGACUCAAUCGCCAAAACCGUGAUCCUACUGUCAAAAAGAUCCCAAUGGUUUUCCUGACCAACGAAGGAGCCUCCUCCUCUUCUUCCACUUGCCGAUGGAAGUAUGAUGUUUUUUUGAGCUUUAGAGGUGAAGAUACCCGUACAGGUUUUACUACUUAUUUAUAUAAGGCUUUGGAACAAAAAGGCAUUAACACCUUUAUGGACGAUAAGCUUCCGAGGGGAGAAGAAAUUUCUGCGGAACUUCUCAAAACAAUCGAAGAGUCAAUGAUUUUAGUUAUUGUGUUUUCUAAAAACUAUGCAGAGUCCAAAUGGUGUUUGGACGAACUUGUUAAGAUUGUUGAGUGUUCGGAAAAUGACCAAAUGGUUCUACUUCGACCGAUUUUUUAUAACGUAGAACCAAGAGAAGUACGUAAUCAAUUGGGAAACUUUGGGAUAGCGCUAGCUAACCAUGAAAAGGAGUUCAAGGAUAACAUGGGGAAGAUGCCGAGAUGGAGGGAAGCCCUAAGUAAAGCAGCUAGUGUGUCUGGAUGGCAUUAUGAGGAAGGUCGCACUGCAUAUAAAUCUGAACAUGACUUUAUACAAGGAAUUGUUAAAGAAAUAUCAAGUGCUACAUUUAAUCGGAGACCAUUAUAUGAUGCUGAAGACCUGGUUGGAAUAAAUUCUCGUGUAAAGGACAUAAAGUCACUUUUAAAUAUUGAGUCAAAUGAAGUUCGCAUUUUAGGGAUUCAUGGACUUCCUGGAGUAGGUAAGACUACAAUUGCAAACGUUGUUUAUUGCAUAAUUGCUCAUCAAUUUGAAGGAAGCUGUUUUUUGGAGAAGGUUAGAGAAAACUCAGAAAAGUCUAUAAAUUGUGGCAUGAUACAACUACAAGAGAAACUUCUUUCUAAGAUCUUACAAGAUAACUAUUUGAAGGUAGACAGUGAAUUUGAAGGAACCAAUUUGAUAAAGGAGAGAAUUUGUUGUAAAAAGGUUCUUUUAGUUCUCGAUGAUGUGGAUAAUUCAGAACAAAUAAAAAAAUUGCUUGGAAAAUGUGACUGGUUUGCUUCAGGGAGUAUAGUCAUUAUAACAACAAGAGACAAACAUGUGCUAACCACUCUUCCAAAAGGUCAUCUAAUUUACAAGGUCAAAGAACUGUGUCCAUGUGAAGCUCGUGAUCUUUUUAAUAUACAUGCCUUCCACACAAAUGAGCCCAAGGAAGAUUAUUCAAAACUUGCAGAGCUGAUUAUAUCUUAUGCUAAAGGACUUCCACUAGCUCUAAAAGUAAUGGGUUCUGCUUUGUGUGGAAAAAGUACAGAUGAAUGGAGUAAUGCAUUUGAAAUGUAUAAGAACAUUCAACAUGAAAAAAUUCAAGAGAUACUCAAAAUAAGUUUUAUUGGAUUGGAUAAAAAUGAAAAACAUAUUUUUCUUGAUAUUGCAUGUUUCUUUAAGGGAUUCAGCAAGGAUUAUGUUGUAAAGAUAUUAGAUGCUUGCGACUUAUAUCCAAAAUUUGGUAUUGGAAAGCUUAUUGAUAAAUGUCUCAUAACCGAUGAAGAUGGCACAUUGUGGAUGCAUGACUUGCUACAACAAAUGGGUAGAGAAAUAGCUCAAGAAGAAUUUGAAAGGCUUGAAAAUCACAGCAGAAUAUGGUGUCAUGAGGAUGCUUAUAAAUUAUUAACUAGAAAUAAGGGGUCGGAUAAAAUUCGAGGCAUAAUGUGGUGCGAACCUGAACCAAUAACAGUAUCAUUAAAAGCUUCAGCUUUCGAAAAGAUGGAAAAUCUCAAAUUUCUUAUUGUUAAGAAUGUACAAAUUUCCCAAGAACUUGAAUAUCUUUCCAAUGAAUUAAGAUUGUUUAAAUGGUCAGGAUAUAAUUUUUCCUUGCCAUCCAAAUUUUGUCCUAAAAACCUUGUUGGACUGGAGGUGUCGAAUAGUUGCAUUGGGUUAGAGAAAUUAUUCGAGCAGGGGUGCCAUUACAAAUAUUUGAAAAGUAUCAAUUUGGAAAGGUGUCAAUCCAUCACAAGAUUACCUGACUUAUGCGCUCCAAACUUAGAGACAUUGGACAUUUCUUAUUGUGAAAAUUUAAUUGAGAUUCAUGACUCUAUUGGACUUCUUGAUAAGCUUGAAUAUUUGUUCCUCAGUGACUGCAUGAAACUUCAGAUUCUUCCGAGCACCCUCAAGUUGAAUAAACGUUUCGAACUAGAUAACUGCCCAAGGCUUGAGAAGUUUCCCAAUGUUCACCCUGAAAUGAAAUGUUUAGAAUAUUUCAGUGUUAGUUAUAGUAAUAUCAGAGAAUGGCCUUUAUCACUAAGAUAUCUCACCGAAGGGAUUAUCAAAUUAGUGAUACGGGAAUGUGAAAACCUUGGGAAGUUUUUGGAUAGCACCAAUAAAUUUCAACUGCUUGAGGAAAUAGAUAACGGCUUUGUUAUGGAUUCUUAUAGAAAUCCGCUACUCAUAUGCCAUAGAGAAAUUUUAAUUGAUUUAGAUUUUUGUAUGAAGAAUGAUUUCUUCCCGGCAUUGAGAUAUAUAACUAUAGAGGACUCCAAUAUUGUUAGUAUCCCCGAAUGCAUUUUUAGAUUAUCUAGAUUAGAAGAGAUUUACAUACAUAAUUGUGAGGAGCUUCGGGAAAUUCAAGUUCCAAGGCUUCCACAAUCUAUUAGACGUGUGAGAAUAGUAGGAUGCCCAUCGUUGCUUCCACAAUCAUCAAGUAGAUUAUUGAAUCAGUUUGGAAAAAUUCUAGGGAUUCUACCGAAUAGAGUCCGUGAAGGUGCAAGAAGCGACAUAUUAAUGGAUCUCUUUGACGACUCUGAAUCUGAAUCUGACUCUGAAUCUAAAUCUGAUUCUGAAAUUGAGGAUAGGUCUAUUUUACUACCAGGAACUGAGAUUCCAAAGUCACUUAAAUUCAAUCAUCAGAGUUUUGGAAAUUCCAUAUCAUUCAAGGUUGGUUGCAAAUUUCCAAAAUUGGUCGUCUGUGUUGCUUUUCGUUCUGCGGAGGAUCGUUUAAGAUGUCGACACUCUGAGGUUGACGUUUCCGUCAAUGGUUGUAAUUGGUAUAUCACAAAUUCAUACAGUGAAGAAAGCUGGGAGGAACUGUGGUUAUUUUCUAAAUCUCUAGGGCAGUUGAGUAAACCAUAUCUAUAUUAUGAACAGAAUCAGGUGGAGGUUGAGGUUUCAUGUAAAAUCCAUGACCACAAUUUUGAUUUUGUAUAUAACAAUGAUUUUGUAAAAUGGGUGGGGGUGAAUGUAGAAUGCAUCUGCUGUCCUCAGAAAUCAGAUAUUACUUACUUACUUGCCUCAGAAAUCAGAUAUGGGUCAUCCUCAGUUUUGAAUGACACUGAGCUCCCGCCUUUUCAACCUGUUUUCCCCACUUCUUAUGGUUUUGAACCUGGUUUGAAGGGCUUUCUUGGUGAUUUGAAUGUGUAUUUAUCGGCCCCUACUAACUCUGAACUCCUUGCAUUGUUACCUGGUCCAAAUAUGGAUCAUGAGGUUUCCAAUACCGUAAAUGAUUUGAGGCUUUUGAAGGGCAUUCAUAACGAUGGGUGCGAUUUGAGUUUGUCACUAAAUGAUUCAAAUGAAAGAGAAAGUGAGCCUCCUCUGUUCCAUGAUUUGACAAAUGGGUUUGACUUUGGCUUUGCCCAGCCCAAUUUGGAGUUAGGCUCAGGUGUUAGUAGUGGGUUUCAUUUGGGUUCGUCUUCAAUGGCCCAUGCCAGUGUAAAUGAUGACUCUGAUUUCUAUAUGGGUUCGUCUUCAAUGGCCCAUGACUGUUUAAAUGAUGACUCUGAUUUCAAUAUGGUUCCACCACCGAAGAAAGCGAGGACAUCUUGAUCAGACUUCAAGGAAUUAUGCCUCACUUUGUUUCCCUGAUUCCCAUCUGCUCCAACGCCAAGUUAGUCCCCUUCACUACUUGGAAACAAUUAAGCAUCGGAAUUUCUGAGGACUUCAUCAAAUGAUUGGUCUGCAUGACAAUGGACUUGCAGCUGUAGCAAGUGAUUCUAUUCAAUGCUUCUGGUCAUCAUUUCAUAAUUGGCCCGUAUAACUUCUUUGCUGAGUAAACCUGAUUAUCUUGUACUGCCAGGAGCUGAGAUUCCAAAGUUGUUCAAAUUCAACCAUCAGAGUUCUGGAAAUUCCAUAUCAUUUGGGUUGGUUGCUAUAGAUUUUGGAAAUUCAACCAUCGUAAUUGGCCAUCUGUAUUGCUUUUCAUUCAGCUGAAGCACAUAUGUGCAGAAUUUUUCAUGUUCACUUUUCCAUCAAUGGUUGUAAAUAAAAAACCAAUUAUCUAAAGUACAGGAGAAAGCUUUGAGGAACUGUGGUUAUUUUCUAAAUCUCUUGGGCAAUUGAAUAAACCAAAUCUAUCUGAACAGAAUAAGGUUGAGGUUGAGACUCGGCUAAAGAUGAAGCUUCUCUUAACUCUUGCUACCUUCAUCAUCCUUCUUCAAUCUCUUCAUCUUCAUUUUGCAAACAACACAUAAUUAUGAUGUAAAAGAAUAUCCCUAAAGACAUAGUGGCACCAUUCUCUACCAAGUUACCUGGCCUUGUUGCUGUGAAGUAAUUGGUGGCGCCCAAGAUAUCUUUCCACCUUGCAAUUUGGUUUUCUUUUAUUAUGAUAUUUGUCAUUUAUUGAUCAUAUUUGUCUGCUUCUGGUGCAUAAUGUUUGCUUAGCUUAACAUCAAUCAAGUGCCAAGUAAGGUUACCUUCAAUGUUUUGGAAUGGCUCAAGACCUCUGUUGUUAACAGAGGUGGUACACGGUUUUUUAGUGUUGCUACUUCAAGAGUAAGGUGAACAAGGAUAGGACCUUGCUCCAGAUAUUUAUCAAGAAUGUGGGAAAUAGUCAAACUUUAUAACAUCAGCAAACUCAAUUCACUACAGAUUUUCAGUGCACAAUAGUCAAUCCAAAGAGCAAUCACCACUGGGAGUUUCAGCAAAAGGUACAUUCAACGAAAUUUAAUGAAAAAUACCAUGUCAUCAGUCAAAAGAGAUACAAUCGGGUUACAUUUUGUCAACAAUGGUUCCACUUUCUGCUGUCUGCCAGAUCCCAACGCCAAGAACACAUUACUGCAGGAUGGGCGCCACCGCUGAAAAACGGUGCUUCAAGUUGACAACCUCAAAUCCAAAAACGGCAAACCAAAAUAUUCAUUUUUAUGGGGUUAUGCUUUUUGUACCAAGAGAGUGCAAUUAAAGGAGCCAAUUGUAGCAGUUCAAAGAGUUUCUUUGCUGAUUUUUAGAUGGAUGGUGGUGUAGGUCUUUUAGCAGUUCAAAGAAUUUCUUUGUUGAUUAGUUUCAUCACAACUUUUCACUUUAGAUUUCUUUGGUAAUCCUAUCCAUGACCUUCAUUUGGCAUCCUGACAAGAGAGUAUUGUUUACCAUGUCAUUUACAUGGUGGUGUUGGUUGAUAUUUUUUGAGAGGAUUAUGAUGUAUUUAUUUUUGGUGGAUCAUGUUUCUUCCUUCAUUUAAGUUUUUCUUUGUAAUGUGUUAUGUCUCUCUCUUUUUGUAUUUAAUCUUUUUUUUCCCUAGGAGGACUUGGUGAGGAUCAUAAAGCAUUUAAUUUUGGUGUA